AUGUCCGAAUCACCCGGUCGUAGAACCUCCGUCUCUGGCGGUACUGGCUCUCAGCCCACACCAGCCAACAAUGUCAGCGGCAAGUCUACUGGCAAGCCCUUCCACAAGGGAGGCACGCAUGAUCUUCUAAAUGAGGGCCCAGGCCAUAUAACCGCGCAUAACCCGCGAUCUACCUUUGGAAAAUUCCUUGGACUCGAAGAUCAGAAGUCUCGUGCAGAGAACAACUUCCUCGCGCAGGCAGAUCUGGUAUCGGGCAAUCUCAAGUCUACCGAACAUGCUGGACCAACUUGUACGACCGAGGACCAUAGUUUCAGUCGCCAGAAGCCAGGGACCCCAGACACUCUUCCAGGAUGGGAGACCUUGAAGAACAUUAUCCCAGGGUAG